AUGAAGCUAAUAAAAGAUAUAAGGAAGCCAAAAGAAAAAAAGAAGAGUCGAAGACAAUAUCAAGAAAAAUUAGUUCAUCCCAACAGUCGUAAGGCCAGCAAAUUGGGAGCAAAAGUGUUGCGAAAACAUAGAAUUGAACGAGUACAUGAGGAGACCAAUCUGAAACGUGGGGCACUGAUAGAGAAGCUUUUAUGGUUUCAAGAACAAUUGGAUUCUGACAAGACUUUCUACAGUAGAAAAGAGCUGUGUGAAAUUAUAGAAAAAUAUUUAAGGAGAUUUGACGAAGAGCUCGAACAAAUUGAUAUCAUAAAAAGCUUGAAACAUCGUAAAGGACGCCAACAUGCGUCUCGAGAAGAUGUGAUUCUGGCAACAUUAGCAAGAGAAAAGGAGGCAUACACAACUUCAGGCCUAGAAGUUCCAGACGUUUUGUCUGUCCAUGGAUGUGAAAUUUUCAGAGCCUGGAAUGGAGAGGCUAGAUAUCUGCAGACAUUGAAACUUACAAAGAUAACUGCCAUGGAAAAAGAAGGCGAAAAUAAAACUACAAAUUUAGUUGACAGAGAAGAUGCAGAAUUGAAAGAUAUUACCGAUGAUGCUAGUGAUCUAAUAAAUAAUCAAACCGAAAAAACUUGUAUAAAGUGAUGUUAAAAUCAUUCAUGAAUAAACAUUAAAGAAAAAAAGGAAGAUUAUUAAUCUUUUGUACCUCAAA